AUGCAGAAAAGUUGGCCUUACCAAUAUGUUGAAGCAAGUCGUCUUUUCAUGAAUUCUGAUAUUGAUGAGAUAAGAGAGUAUGUGGAGAAGGAAUUUUCUCAGUCGUCUUCCAGUAAACAGUCAUGUUCUCAAGUGAUAUCCAAUGUUGAAGAACAGUUUUUAAAUGCUGGUGACUUUGUGUUCAAUGCUUUCAUUUCUUCCAUUGAAGUGGAAAAGAAGGUUUCAUCGUUGGUACUGUAUGCAAUAUCAAAUAAUAAGCCUUGGUUGAUCAGUCUGAGUUCAAAUGUUCAAUUCACUGAAUCACAAUCUGUAAUUGGUGACAAUGUUACACCAGAACAUGUUGAUGUUGCCGAUCUGGUCAGUCAAAGUUGGAAAAACGUCAAACGUAACCUUCAAGAAGUUUAUGAUGUUGAUGCUGUUGACAGUUCUUCAAGUAAACGUCCGAACAUUCCGGGUGAUGUUGAAAUAAAGAUGCUAUCAAGCCAUUAUAUUGCUAUUGAUGUUUUUAUGGAUUUCAUUUUGACAAGUUUGUUGGAACUAUUUAAGUUGCUUUUUGGUAGUAAAUGUUACCGGAAAAGCGUAUUAAGGAUAAUGGAUCGUAUUGGAGAUGACAUGUUGUUUGAAGAAAUCUUAUCGAGACUACCUUCAAAGGAACCUGAAAUGGUUUAUGGAUUUGCUGCUCGUGUCCAUAACAAUGACAGAAAAUCGUUGAAACUUCCGGCAUUAUAUGCCGACUGGAUUAAACAAUUCAACUACCCAUCUAAGAAUGCUGUCAUCCGCACUGUCGAUGGGAUGAUAUUCAAAGUAAAAAUUAUUAAGAUUGCAGGCGACUACUUUCUGUAUAACGGGUGGCUUGAUAUGGUCACGUCUUUGAAGUUACCGUCAUCUGCCUGGGUGGUUUUCCAAUAUGAAGAAGCUUUAUCUUCGUUUCGUCUCAUCUACUUUUAUCAAGACAUAAAUCUUGCUCCGGGAGAGUAUUUCUACUACCAACCUGGAAAUCCUUGGGACCGUGAUAACUGCAUGUAUGUGAGUAGGUUGUUUGUUGAUCACAAGAUGCUUUCAACUUGUCCAUAUUAUCCUGUUGUGGUACGUUCCUCUUGUAAUCGGAAAUGGUUCGUUCGUAUGGAUAUUUUUGACAAUGAUAUCUAUAUUACAACUGGUUGGAAUCGAAUCAAGAAGGAGAUGUCUAUUACUGAUCAUCAUUUGGUCGUUUUUGAAAUGGUUGAUUUGCAUACAUUUGAGAUUAGUGUUUUCUGUUGCAAACCCACCCUACUAACUCUACCACCAGAACUUUGUGUUGUCAAAGAAGAACCUACAAAUGAGGUGAUUGAUAUUUCUGAUGAUGACUUGCCUAAUCCCAUUCCGGUAGUUGGUGUUGAAGAGAGUACGGACGAUGAAGUACCGGUUGUAUUUCGCGUUGACAAUCAUUAUAUUCCUGAUCAUCACCUUAUAUCAUCCAGUCAUUCCAUAUUCUCAAAAUACACGGUUACGUUCCAUCCACAUUUCUUAUAUCAGCAACUGUUUUCAAGUUACAAACGUGAACAAAUGGCAAGUAAGAGAAGAUUUAAAAAUACACCGUUGAUUGAUAAUACUUUAGUCGGGGAAUCAUCUAACAGUACAAAUGAUUCAGUUUCGAUUAGUUAUAACUCAAAUGGAUUACUUGCUAAAGAAAGAAGAAAAAUGCGGAAGCUCAUUCUUGAUAGCAAACGUUCGAAUUCAAAGAAACAAACUACUGGUCCUGUUAGUAGAGGACGCUCAAAAGUCAACAAUCGGUCUCAGGUCAUCGACAAAGAGAAUUAUAAUUCAAAUAUUUCUUCAUCAUCUAAUAAUUUUCACACCGUGCGGAACUUGAAAUAUGUAAACACAUCAGCAUCAUCAAGUACCAUCACGACAAGUGGUCUUCCUUUGAAUAACGAAUUUACCACUUCUACAAGUACUCGGUUUUCUAUUGAGUCAAACAUUGUUACACAAAGCAGUAACUCCAUUGGUCAAUCUUCUUCAACGUUAACAAAGUUGAAUUCCGGUAAACAAAAGCUUUUACCUAAGAAACGCCGUAUUGAUCCUAUUCCAAUGUUAGAUCUUACGUCUGAUGAUGAGAAUGUAGUGUUUGCACCCAUCCAAGACCCUUGUAAGGGUGUAUCAACAGAAUAUUUGGAUCACGGUAAUCAAAGCCUUAAAUGUGAGAUGUGUGAUUCAUUGUUAUGGACUGACGAAGGUGGUAAAGGGAGAAUUACAUUGGGUAAGUUAACCUAUAGCUUAUGUUGUGGUUAUGGAAAAGUGGAGCUUCCGGAUUUGAAAGAGCCUUCUUCAAUAUACAAGGAUCUAUUUGCAAAUUCUAAUGAAAACAGCAAGUAUUUUCUAAAGAAUAUCCGUCGAUAUAAUUCUAUGUUCGCAUUCACAUCCAUGGGUGGAAAAGUAGAUUCAAGCAUCAAUAGUGGGAGGGCACCUUAUGUAUUCCGUAUAAGUGGACAGAAUUUUCAUACAUUAGGUGGUUUGGUACCUGCACCUGGAAAACAGCCAAAGUUCUCCCAGCUUUAUAUUUAUGACACUGAGAAUGAAGUUUCAAAUAGAAAUAAGUUGUUCAGUGACUCCACAAAUAAGUCCGACUUGCAUUUAAAGCAAAUAGAUCUUCAUCUCAUAAAGUUUUUAAAAGACUUCUUGGAUAAUAAUAAUCAGUUGGUUAAAAGUUACAGAAUAGCACGAAACCACUUCACUGAUAAUCCUAAUGAGAACUUCAAACUUCGUAUCAUUUACAAAAGAGAUCUUGAUGGUCGUACUUACAACUUGCCUUCAUCUUCUGAAGUUGCUGCAUUGAUUGUUGGUGGUAUCCAAGAAAUAGUUGACCAUCGUGAUAUUGUUGUUGAGUCUCACACUGAAGGUCUUCAACGAAUAAGUGAACUUCAUCCAUCAUAUCUUGCACUUCAGUAUCCAAUUCUUUUUCCCAAUGGUGAUGACGGAUAUAGAAUAGACAUUCCUCAUAGGGAUGGUAUAAGUACUUUAAAGAAAAUUAGUCCCAAGUGUACAAUGAGAGAAUUCUUUGCUUAUAGAAUCCAAGAUCGAUCAACUUCAUUUUCGGUAAUAUUAAAUGCCCGCAGAUUGUUCCAGCAAUUUUUGGUUGAUGCAUAUACCAUGAUCGAGAGUGAAAGACUUAAUUAUAUCCGUUUUCAACAAAAACAUCUUAGGUCUGAAUCAUACACAAAUCUUCAGAAAUUUAAGAAUGAAGGAAAAGAGGAUCUAUCUAACACUGGGGUACGGUUAGUACUACCAUCAUCUUUUACUGGUGGAUCUCGAUAUAUGCAGCAAAAUUAUCUAGAUGCUAUGGCUAUUUGCAAAUGGUUCGGGUAUCCUGAUUUUUUCAUUACGGUGACAUGUAAUCCUAAGUGGCCAGAGAUUAUCCGAUACCUUCGAAAUACUUCUAUUAAGCAAGAGGACAGACCAGAUAUUAUGUGUCGUUUGUUUAAGAUGAAACUGGAUUCAAUUAUAAAGGAUUUGAAAGACAAGAAAGUGCUUGGAGCACUAAGUGCAGCGGUUUAUACUGUUGAAUUUCAAAAACGUGGGUUGCCACAUGCUCACAUUUGUAUUUUUUUGAAACCUGAAUCCAAGCUUCUCUCCGUUGAUCACAUAGACAAAUUCAUAUCUGCUGAGAUACCAAAUAAGAUUCAAGAUCCCGCUCUUUAUGCUCUUGUAUCCGAGUUUAUGAUUCAUGGCCCAUGUGGAAAUGCAAAUCCCAAGUGUCCUUGUAUGGUUGAUAAUAGAUGUUCAAAAAAAUUUCCAAAAAAAUUCAUUAAUGAAACAAUUACCGAUGCUGAAGGUUUCCCUGUAUACAGAAGAAGAGAUAAUGGAAACACCAUUAUCAAGUCCAAAGUUCAAUUGGACAACAGAAGUGUCGUUCCAUAUAAUCCGCUUCUUUUGAAAAGAUACCAAGCUCACAUUAAUGUAGAAUGGUGCAAUCAAGCGGGUUCUAUCAAAUAUUUGUUUAAAUACAUUAAUAAAGGUCCAGACAAAGCAUCGCUUGUGGUGUCAAAUGGAGACGGUACAGAAAACGAAAAAACAUCAAAGGAUGAGAUAAAAGCUUAUUAUGAUUGUAGGUACGUUUCCGCUUGUGAAGCUUCUUGGAGAAUAUUUGCAAAUGAAGUUCACUAUAGGUUUCCUCCAGUUAUGAGGCUUCCUUUUCAUAUGGAAGGUCAACAAAAUGUUGUUUUUGGUGCCGAAGAUGAUAUUGAAGAAGUGUUGGACAAGCCAUCAGUCUCUUCAUCAAUUUUUUUAAAGUGGAUGGAGAUGAACAUAAAUAAUGAGGAAGCACGGAAGCUUACAUAUGUUGAGUUUCCUACAAAAUUCUGUUGGAAACUAAAGGAUAGAAAUUGGGCAGAACGUAAAAAAAAAUUAUUACAGAUUGGACGCAUUCAUUCUGUUUCCCCUGCUUUGGGUGAACCAUAUUUUCUUAGAAUUCUUUUAAACAAAGUCAAAGGACCAAGAUCCUUUGAAGAAAUUAGAACUGUUGAUGGCCAAUUGUUUCCAACCUUCAGGGAUGCAUGUUAUGCAAUGGGUUUGUUAGACGAUGACAUGGAAUACAUCGAAGCUAUUAAAGAAGCCAGUUUUACGGGAGAUGGUCGGUAUAUUCGUGCAUUGUUUGUCACUUUGCUGUUGUCAAACACAUUAUCAAGACCUGAAUUUGUUUUCGAACAAACAUGGAAAUACUUGGGGGAUGACAUUUUAUAUAAAACGAGAAAAGAAACAAAGAACAAAGAUCUUGUAAUGUCAGAUGACAGAUUGAAGAACAAGACAUUGGUGGAGAUUGAGAAGUACCUCAUUCGAAAUGGGUCCUCUUUGACACGAUGGCCAACAAUUCCUUAUCCUGAUUACGAUUCGUUUGCAGUUGGAAACAAUCGUCUGGUUGACGAAGAACUGUCUUUUAGUGUUCCUGAGGUACAGAGUGAGUUGGAUAGUCUAAAAUCUUCAUUGACUGACGAACAACUAUAUGUUUAUAAUCAGAUAAUGACAGCCGUUGAAGGCGAGAAAGGAGGUGUAUUUUUUGUUUACGGAUAUGGAGGAACCGGGAAGACGUUUUUGUGGAAGACGUUAGCCUUAACCGUUAGGUCGAGGGAGCAGAUUGUUUUAAAUGUGGCUUCAAGUGGUAUUGCUUCACUUCUAAUGUCAAGAGGUAGAACGGCUCAUUCUAGAUUUCACAUCCCCAUUAAUUUAGAUGAGAGUUCUAUGUGUCACAUAAGGCCCGAUGGUGAUGUAGCUUAUCUGCUUAAACAAACUAGGUUGAUUAUAUGGGACGAAGCACCCAUGGUACAUAGACAUGCGUUUGAAGCUUUAGAUAGAACAUUAAAAGAUAUUUUUGUCGAUAAAAGCAAUUGUCAGUCGGAUGUUUUGUUUGGAGGUAAGGUUAUCGUUUUUGGUGGUGAUUUUAGACAAAUUCUUCCUGUUAUUCCAAACGGAAGUAGGCAAGAAAUUGUUAACGCUUCAUUGAGUUCUUCCUAUAUCUGGCCCCAUUGCAAGUUACUUACUUUGACCAAAAACAUGAGAUUGACUGUUGGUGUUUUACCAUCUACAAUCGAGUCGACAAAGAGAUUUGCCCAAUGGCUUCUUGAUAUAGGCGAGGGUAAAGUUGGAGGGGACAAUGAUGGUGUAGCAACUGUAGAAAUACCAUCUGAUUUGUUAAUCACAGAUUCUUUGGAUCCCAUCGAAAGUUUAAUUCAAUUUGUAUAUCCAUCUGUUCUUGAAAGAUAUAAGGAUCGAGAUUAUUUUUCUGAAAGGGCGAUUCUGACACCAAAAAACGAGGUCGUACAUGAAAUAAAUGAUCGACUACUAGAAUUGUUUCCUGGUGAACCAACAGAGUACCUGAGUUCUGAUAGUAUAUGUGCGACGGAGAAAGGUAUCGAUUCAUUCCAACAAGAGUUGUAUUCACCUGAUGUCCUUAAUGGUUUAAAGAUAUCUGGUUUACCUAAUCAUCGUUUGGUUUUAAAACUUGGAGUUCCAAUUAUGCUUCUUAGGAACAUUGAUCAGCAAAAUGGUUUGUGUAAUGGUACAAGGUUACAGGUUACAUUUCUUGGAAAGAGGGUCAUAGAAGCUGAAAUUAUAUCAGGUGCUAAUGUCGGAACCAGAACAUUCAUACCAAGAAUUAGCAUGAUUCCCUCCGACAAAAAAAUUCCUUUUGCUUUUCAAAGACGACAGUUUCCUGUUGCUGUGUGCUUUGCUAUGACGAUCAACAAGAGUCAAGGCCAAUCUUUAUCUAAGGUUGGAUUGUUUUUAAAAGAGCCCGUUUUUACACAUGGCCAGCUAUAUGUAGCAUUGUCAAGAGUUAAAUCAAGGGAAGGUGUGAAGAUGUUAAUUCUUGAUAAGGAUGGCAAACCUACCAACACAACAACUAAUGUGGUUUACAAAGAAGUGUUCACACAUUUAUGA